AUGGAACCCCUGCCCCUCCAUGCGAGUCACGCAGGGCCCGCGGCGGAUGCCGUGCAUAGUCCAAUCAAACUAGAACAGGUCGAGCUCGAGGAUACUGCCAGCUCAUCCCAGCAGGGAUCCCCUAUCAUGGUGCACGCCGUCAAGGUAGAGAAGGAGGAGACCCCCAGUAAAGACGCCAAGGUCAAAAAGACCAGGCAGAGUCAAUCGUGCGAUGCUUGCCGAGCGAGAAAAGUCAAAUGCGACCGGCCACCACCGGGAACCGUGACAAACGCUCCCACCAAAGACAUAUGUUCACACUGCUCUCAGCUCAGUCUGGAGUGCCGCUUUGACUAUGUCCCAAGAAAACGUGGUCCUCCGAAUCUGUAUCUCAAACGCUUACAAGAAGAUCAACAGGCAGCAGCCAGUCGAAAGGAUAUGCCUUAUCCCAGCCUCCCCCCGAGUCUCCCACCUCCCCAAUUACCACAACUCCCCAUACCAGCCAUCAUGCAGCAGGGGCCUGCUACUGCCAUGCCUUCCACCGCUACAAUGGGCAAUCCCAAUGGAGGAUGGCAGACUGCAUCGCCCAUCAUGGGCAUGCAGCCUUUACCUCUCCCUCAAGUCUCCUACCUCCCUCCCAUGCCUGUACCCCCAGCCCCUAUACCCACCCAGUCAUACAUGUCCUCUCCAAUGUCCCACCGAGGCCACAUCCCACCCCCAGUCGAAGGUCCCCGCCCAAUGCUAUCAAGCGCUCCCCCGAGUGCCCAUUCAUCCCCUGCCCAUCUCUCUCCAAAUACGAGCUUUGGCCAACACUCUUACGAGCCCCGGAACCCCCUCGACGCCGUCGUCCCCCGUCCAAUCUUGUACCACAUCAUCAACCUCUACUUCGACUAUGUCUACUGCCUCAUACCGUGCCUCCACCGCCCAUCCUUUACCCAUGAUUUGGAUACAAAUCGGGAAGAGCGGCCGGGAGAGGAGGAAUGGGUGGCGUUGGUACUUUCGGUGGUGGCCAGUACGCUCGUGCAGCUUCCGAGGAGUUUUAUUAGCAUGAGGAGGAAGGAAGUCAAGGAGCUGGUGCUGAGGUGUCACCAGAAAGUAAGGUCAUAUUUGGCACAAGACUAUCAACAUCCUACUAUAACCAGAUCAAUCAUCCUCUACAUCAACAUAUAUGUGUACAGCCUGACCGACCGGAUGUCUAUGGCACGAGCCGACUUUGGCACAAAUUACGCAUACACCAUCGCCCUUCAAUCUCAUCUCGAAAGCGAAUACACCAAUCACAACCCUGUUGAAAGUUCUCUCCGGCGGCGCAUGUUCUGGCUCAUGUACGGCGCGGACAAGACAUUCUCUGCUAUCGCUGCUUUGCCCCUCUACUUUCAUGAGGACGAUUGUGCAAGUGUCGCUUUGCCUGAAGACUUGGAUGAUGCGUACAUAUCUACAGAGGGCCGAACGACCCAGCCUGAAGGGUGUGUAUCCCCUCUUUGUGGAUUCCGUUAUGUCAGCUACCUUUACCGCUUAACAGGCGAAGCCCUCGAUAAACAAAGCCACGACAAACUCCGCCCUCCCUCCGGGGUCCUACUCCAAAUGCGUCUCUCCGAAGUAUCCCAGCUUUACCACCGUGUAAUGUCCGCCAUGGAUGGCUGUCCACAGCCUCUCGUGUUGAAUUAUAGUACCCCCCGCAGUUCUGUGGCAAGCUUGUCGCCAGAUUGGGGGGAGAGGAUGAAGACGGAGAUACAUACGAUGUUUGUGAACCCGAAAGGGGCCGACAUGGAGUUGGUAAAGGACUACUAUCUGGUGCAGCAGGCAAACAUAUACGUUACACAGCAAUUGGUCCGCUUCAUCAUCAUACAAUACCGCGAUGAGCUCCUCGAGCAUCAAGAGAUUGAACAACGGCAGGUCGAUCCCAACGAUAUUGCCCGUCGGGAAGAGAUCAAACGGUCAGUGAAAGAAGGUAGCCAGGAUGAACGGGAGCAGGUGGUUGUGGAUCUCUUGUCGAUCUUGCGCAAGAUCCCUAUAAAAGUGCUCGCCGUCAAUAGUAUUUCGCUCGUGCAAAAAGUUCGGCUUGUCGCUUCGUCUCUCCUGGACAGCCUAAAUCCGGAACCGGAAGGGAGUAGUCUGAAUGGAAGGAUGGCGGAUAUGCACACGGAGUCAAGAGCUGAGAGGGCACAGAAGAAUCUUUGGAGCUUCUUGAGUUAUCUUUCAGAAAUUGAAACACUCUACUCGUGGGAUGAUGAUGUGGACACAUGA